AUGCAGUCGCAUCAUGAUAUACCUGAUGCAGGCCCGAAGCUGGUCAACCGCCUGCAACAGAGCAGAUCGCCUUAUGUGCGGGCACACCUGAACAACCCCGUCGCAUGGCAGCUGUGGGACGCAGAGGCUAUCGAGCUGGCCCGGAAGUAUAAUCGGAUGAUCUUCCUUAGCAUUGGUUACUCGGCCUGCCACUGGUGCCAUGUCAUGGAAAAAGAGUCAUUUAUGUCUCCUGAGGUCGCUUCUAUUCUCAACGAGUGCUUUAUUCCUAUCAAGGUCGACCGGGAGGAGCGUCCGGAUAUCGACGACAUCUAUAUGAACUACGUCCAAGCGACUACCGGCUCCGGCGGCUGGCCCUUGAACGUCUUCCUCACACCAGAGUUAGAGCCCGUGUUUGGCGGAACAUACUGGCCUGGCCCAAACUCGACAACAUCACAGGGUCCAGGCACGACCGGUUUUGUGGAAAUUCUGGAAAAAUUGAGCGAUGUCUGGCAGACACAGCAACAACGCUGUCUGGAAAGCGCCAAGGAUAUCACAAGACAGCUGAGAGAGUUUGCUGAAGAAGGCACACAUUCCCAGCAUACUGGCCGCGAGGAUGAUGAGGAUUUGGAUCUUGAACUUUUGGAAGAAGCUUAUCAACAUUUUGCGUCCCGAUACGACUCCAUCCACGGUGGUUUUGGUCGGGCCCCCAAGUUUCCUACUCCUUCUAACCUUAGCUUUUUGCUGCGACUUGGCGCAUAUUCGAAGCAGGUUAGGGAUAUCGUGGGGCAAGAUGAAUGCGAGAAAGCGACCGCUAUGGCCGUCACGACACUGGUGGACAUGGCCCGAGGCGGUAUCCGGGACCAUAUUGGCCAUGGAUUCUCUCGAUAUAGUGUCACGACUGACUGGAGCUUGCCACAUUUUGAAAAGAUGUUGUAUGACCAAGCACAGCUGUUGGAUGUCUACGUGGAUGCGUUCCGACUAACCCAUGACCCUGAACUGCUGGGCGCUGUCUAUGACCUGGCGGCCUACUUGACAACCACUCCCUUGCAAUCGCCUACCGGAGGAUUCUACUCCUCGGAGGAUGCAGACAGCUAUCCCAGUCCCAACGACACUGAAAAGCGAGAGGGUGCCUUUUAUGUCUGGUCUCUCAAGGAGCUCACCCAAGUCCUUGGUCCGCGAGACGCUCCGGUGUGCGCCCGUCACUGGGGCGUGCUUCCGGACGGCAAUGUUGCUGCCGAGUAUGACCCGCACGAUGAGUUCAUGAACCAGAACGUUCUAUCUGUCCGAGCCACCCCGAGCAAGCUUGCUAAGGAAUUUGGGUUAAGCGAAGAAGAGGUGGUCAGGAUAAUCAAGGGUGGCAGGCAGAAGCUUCGUGACUACCGAGAAAGAACAAGGGGGCGGCCAGAUCUAGACGAUAAGAUUAUCGUUGCCUGGAAUGGACUGGCGAUCGGUGCUCUGGCCAAGUGCAGUGUCUUGUUUUCGGAAAUUGAAAGCCCGAAGGCGAUACAAUGCCAUGAGGCUGCUGCACGUGCUAUCAGUUUCAUCAAGGAUAAUCUCUUCGACAAAGCCACCGGGAAGUUAUGGCGCAUCUGGCGAGAUGGCCAUCGCGGUGACACUCCGGGCUUCGCUGAUGACUAUGCAUACAUGGCCAGCGGCCUGCUCGACAUGUAUGAGGCGACCUUUGAUGACAGUUAUCUGCAGUUUGCUGAGCGCCUUCAAAAAUACCUGAAUGAGUACUUCCUGGCCACUUCCGACGCGACCUCCUCUGGAUACUAUAACACCUCAUCUGAGCAGACCCCUGGCAUGCCCGGUCCCCUUUUCCGAUUGAAGACGGGCACUGAAUCAGCCACGCCGUCUGUGAACGCCGUGAUUGCCCGCAACUUGCUGCGCCUGUCAGCCCUGCUCCAAGACGAUAGCUACCGCACUCUGGCGCGACAGACCUGCAACUCUUUUGCGGUUGAGAUAUUACAGCACCCGUUCCUUUUCGUUGGACUGCUGGAUGCCAUCGUGGGUCUCCAAAUCGGCACUCGGACUAUAACGGGAGUUUUCUGUACCGCUGAUGUGUACAACUCGUCCGCUGAACGCGGCGAGAGUCUCCUCGCCCGAAAGGACGAGCCGGUGGCUGCGCGUGACCUCAUCGUGCAGCGAGUGCGGGAGGAGGCCGGUGCCGGCCUGUGCUCAACCCUCGCAGUCGCCUCGCUGGUGGAUGUCCGCCCCUCACAUCUCAAGGACUUUGUAGGAAACCAGUCCUUCUGGCUGAAGUCUCGAAACCCCUUAUUCAGGGACUUAAAAGCAGGAAACCCAGCCAAGAACCAUCUACUGGUGUGUGAGGCGGGGCGGUGUAGAAUCGUGGAUAUCUAG